AUGCGCUCAAUGGCGGAGGGAAUGUUGGUGAUGGCGCUGGUGAUGGCGAUGCAAGGAAGCGUCUCCACCUUCUCAGUACUUCCCAACUAUGGCAAUAUGCGGAGCUCUCAACGAGGAGAACAGAUUUCAACGUGCCAAACCCGGACAGCACUGGAAAAGCUGAUCCGCCAGCGAUCCACGUUGAGUUUGGAGGCGAAGAAGAAAAGGGAUGGAGAGGUGGAAGUGUCGAGCAAGAGGAAGGAGAAGCAGCUGAUCGCUGACAUUCAAGACUUGGUGGGUCAAGCUGGUAUCGGUUUCGAUGCAUCAAAGCAAGAUGUCGAGCGGAUGGACAGCAUGCUGAGCGAGCUUGAGGAGUUUAACGCUGUGGAAAGCCCGACGAGGAGCGCGAAGCUGUGGGGGAGAUGGGAGCUGGCGUUUACCAACUCUCCCGCCAUGGUGAAGAACAGAGGGCUGACGGGCUUCGGGAACUUUCCCUUCAUGAAAUUCAAGAGCAUCACCCAGACUUUGAGCAGCACCGGCGUUGCUGAGACGGAGGAGGUUCUGCUCAUGCCCGUCACAGGAGCACCAGUGACGAGUGUGCUACAAGGAAACAUCACGGUGGUGAACCAGCAGGUGUUCGAGCAAAGCUACGAGAACGUCAACUUGGCCUCCGUCCUCAAGGCGCAGUCGCAGAUCGUGGGCUCGGGCGUUUUCUUCAGCCUGACAGCAAAGCUGUUCUUGCCAUCACGUACCUCUCUGAAGGUGGGAAGACCCUCUCGCCUCGUCUCCAUCCUCAGCUCCCGACCCUGA